AUGCCGACCCUUUACGUAGGUACUUACACACGAAAGGAAGGUCAUGUGGAUGGCCACGCUAAAGGCCUCCACGCAUACUCGUUCAAUGAGAUCACGGGUGCUUUAAAGUUAUUAAAUGUUAUGGAAAAGGCAGGUAUUAAUCCGUCCUAUGUCUGCGGCACCAAUACGAUACUUUAUGCUGUGAAUGAAAGCAACGAACUGUCACUAACGCGACCAGGAGAAGAGACAGGGUUUGUAUCUGCCUACAAAAUGGAGAAAGAUGGUAAACUAACGCAAAUUAGUCGUCACGAGACCCAUGGGCCGUACACGUGCCACGUUGCGCUAAGUCCCAACGGUGACUUUCUUUCCGUCUCUAACUAUAAUGGCGGUAGUCUUGCACUGUAUCCUGUGAACGCGGAUGGUUCACUGAGUCCAGCUUCAGAUUACCACCACUUUCAAGGCGCCAGCAUGGUUAUUCCAGAUCGCCAAGAAACUUCACAUAUUCAUAGCACAGCAUGGACAUCGAAUGGACUCGUUGCUGCUGACUUAGGUACUGAUCGUCUCGUGCAGUACAAAUUGGAUGUCGCUGCAAAGAACUUGAUUGAUGAGGAGUUCAUUUCAUGCCCACCUGGCUCAGGGCCACGUCACUUUGCACUCUCGAUGAUGCUUGGUGUGGGCUACGUCAUCAACGAGCUCAGCAAUACCGUCAGUGUGUACCCACUGGACGUUAAGACCGGAAAGUUAAGUCACGUAGCAAUUCAGCACAUCUCCACGCUACCUUUGGACUACUCGGGUCCAUCUGCACUAGCGUCAGACAUUCACAUCUCUGGCAACAAUAAGUUUGUAUAUGCGGCCACACGCUUCUGUAACAGCAUCACCAUCUACAAAAUCUUGCCCGAUACACGUCUGGAGUUAGUUGAGAUUCUUCACACACGAGGAUUCCAACAGCAUCGAUGUCUUCCGUGCCGAUAG